AUGGCUAGCCCGUUGCAGUUUGCCUACCGCACCCAGAAGGCCAUCGGGGUCUUUGACGCCGAUCCGGUCUACGAAUCUCUCCCCGGAUUCACCCCGCCUGAGGGAAACCUCCGGUGCUGUGUCUACUCGCCCUGCGGCCGCUACUUUUCCUGGGCUUCGAGCGAGACCGUUGCUGUGUGCGACGCUACUGUUGGCCACGUCGUCGCUACCCUUCAGGUUGCCAACGUAUUUGAACUGAGCUUCUCCCCGUUCGGCACAUAUCUGAGCACAUGGGAGCGUCCGGCCAAGGACGAGAACGGCGAUGCCACCAAGAACCUGAAGAUCUGGCGUGUUGUAGACGAGGCUGCAGCUGCUGGCACCGAGCGUCAGCCGCUGGGCUGCUUCGUGCAGAAGUCGCAGACCGGCUGGAACCUGCAGUACACCGCCGACGAGCAGUUCUGUGCCCGUCUCGUGACCAACGAGGUCCACUUCUACAAGAGUGACGACCUCGCCAAUGUCCACGACAAGCUGCGCGUGGAGGGCGUGUCGGCAUUCUCUUUGGCCCCUGGCAAGACCAACUCGGUGGCUGUGUUUGUCCCUGAGCGCAAGGGCCAACCGGCUGCCGUUCGUGUCUUCAUCGUACCGCAAUUCACCGCUCCCGUGUCGCAGAAGACUUUCUUCAAAGGCGACAAGGUGCAGCUUAAGUGGAACGCGCAGGGCUCGAGCCUGAUCGUGCUCGCCCAGACCGAUGUCGACAAGUCCAACAAGAGCUACUACGGCGAGACGACCCUGUACCUUCUGAGCGCCAGCGGUGGAUUUGACGCCCGUAUCACCCUGGACAAGGAGGGCCCGAUCCACGACGUGUCGUGGUCGCCCAACUCGAAAGAGUUUGGUGUGAUCUACGGCUUCAUGCCUGCCCGGACAACCAUUUUCAACCAGCGCGCCGAUGCGAAGCAUACAUUUGCACUUGGUCCGCGCAACACCAUCACCUUCUCGCCGAACGGACGCUUUGUCCUCGUGGCUGGUUUUGGUAAUCUGGCAGGCCAGAUCGACGUGUACGACCUGACAAAGGACUACCGCAAGAUUUGCACCAUCGAGAGCGGCAACCCCAGCGUGUGCGAGUGGAGCCCUGACUCGCGCUACAUUAUGACAGCGACGACGUCGCCGCGCUUGCGUGUCGACAACGGUGUAAGGCUGUGGCAUGUCGGCGGUGGCCUCAUGUACAACGUUGACAUGGUGGAGCUUUACAAUGUCAUCUGGCGUCCGCUGGAGAAGGGCAGUGCCACAGCUGCUGCUGCUGGUGUCGUCGACCCGCUGACUUCGGUGCCCACGCCGCACCCAUCGGCGCUGACGUACCUCGGCACGCAGAAGACUCCGUCCAAGCCCGCUGGCGCAUACCGCCCCCCUGGUGCACGCGGUGCUUCCACGCCCCUGCACUUCAAGCGCGAAGACGAGGGUGGUGCUGCUCACAUUGCUAGUAACGGUAGCAGCGGUACGAGCCUCAGUGCGCUCACUGCUAAUGGCUUCGGUCGGGCUCGCCGUCAGGUACCUGGUGCUGAGCUCGUCGAACUGUCACCGGCGGCGCCUGUAUUUGUUCCGGGAGCGGAGCCUGCCGACACUGCUGACAAUUUGUCGAAGGCCGCCCUAAAGAACAAGAAGAAGCGUGGAAACCGCAAGGCAAAUAAAGAUGCCGACGGUAACAACGCCGGCGGUGACAACAGCGCCGGCGGUCUGGCCCCACCGACGGCGGAUUACGGAAACGGUUCUGCCGCGGACGUCGGCCGCAGCCCGGAGCGGCGCAGCCAAUUCCAGAACAAUGGACAGCACCAGCACUCGCGCAGCCAGUCGCGUAACAACGCGGCCGGCGGCCAGCGCAACCGCAGCAACACGCAGCGCAACCGCGACGGUGGUUACCAGCAGCAGCAAAACGGCGGAGCGCCGGUAAACGACGCGUCCGCGCUUGCCCCUUCCGCACCGGCUUUUCUCGCAGCGAACGACCCGCUCUCGCCUGGCAAUAAUAGCCCGAUUGCGAAGAAGAUUCGUAGUCUGCAGAAGAAGAUCCGGGCAAUUGAGGACCUGGAGAUGCGCCAUGCCGGUGGUGAGAAGCUGGAGGAUACCCAAAUCAAGAAGAUUGGAACAAAGUCGGCCGUGCUGCGGGAGCUCGACGACCUGGAGAAGCAGGGCUAA